AUGGAUUUAGCAGUUUCUCACGAAGAUACUCAAAUUUUAUUGAAGGACAAAAAUGUCUUGCAGGAAUCUGUAAUUGAUAAAUACAGAACUGCUGGUUCCAUUGCUCAAACUGCUUUGAAACAUGCAACAGACUUAAUCAAUAACUCUUACCAUUAUAAGACCACUGAUAUUCCAUUGACUAUUGCGGAGAUAUGUCUUUUAACUGAUUCUUUCAUUAUCAGACGUUUAGAACAAUUCUACAAGAACAAAGUUAAUGAAAGAGGUAUUGCUAUCCCUACUAGCAUUGAUAUUGAUCAAAUUUCUUCUGGUUUCUCACCAGAAAUGGAUGAUGUAGAAAAUUUACAAAACUGGAAUAAGUUGUCUGAGGAAAAUACUUUUGGUUCUUCCAUUACUGGUGUUUUAAAACAAGGUGAUUUAGUUAAAAUUACUUUAGGUGUACACAUUGAUGGUUAUACUUCUGAGGUUUCUCAUACUAUGGUUAUCUAUCCAGUUGAUGAAACCAAUACAAAACCUUCUGGACCACUUUUGGGUGGUAAAGCUGAUGCUAUUGCUGCUGCUCAUAUCGCAAUGGAAACUGUUGUUGCAUUAUUGGCUUGUGCUUUAACCCCAGAAAAACUUCCAAAAAGUUUAGGCUCUAAUGGACAGCAUAUCAAUGGUCACUUGAUUAGAUUGGUUGUCGAUACUAUUGCUCGUUCCUAUAACUGUGCCGUUGUCCCUAACUCCCGUGUUCGUAGAAUUAGAAGAUUUUUAGCUGGGCAAAAUGAAGGUAUUGUUGCUGAAAGAGAUUAUAAAGGUGUUGUUUGGACUGAAUCCCACCAAGAAGCAAAUUUGAUUUCUAUGGCUGAUGAUUCAAUUAAGGACUUGGCUAUUGUAGACCGUAAUGCUACCACUGCUGGUGAUUCUAUCUCACAAUCAGCUAUUCCUAAGGAUGAUUUUAUUGUUGAAGCUGGGGAAGUUUAUUUAAUUGACUUAAGAUUUUGUCCAUUAGAUAAAAUUACCAAAAAAGGUUUGAUAACUUUAGAAACAAUUGAUUCAUAUACAGGUAAAUCUCACAAAAAAGAUCAAUUAGUUGCCAGAGCUGGUUCUUUUGUUAGAGACCAUGCUCAGUCACAUACUUUAAAACUCAAGACUUCAAGAUCUUUAUUGUCAAAAAUUGACAAGCAAAGUGUUUAUCCAUUUAAAUUGUCCCAUUUAUCGUCAGCCUUUCCAUUCACUGAAGAAAUGGCGGCUCAAAAAUUGCCUGAAUUAAAACAAGAUUUAAAAUCUUUUAGAUUGGGUAUGAGUGAAAUUACAAAUAAUUAUUUAUGUGUUGAUACCCCAAUUCAAGUUGCUAAAUGGGUUCCAUGGGAUCAUAUCUUGAAGUCUACAAAUCCAUCUGGUAAUCUAAGUUAUGAUGCUUCUGCAGCAUUAACUUUACCAGGUCAUGAAUUACCGUUACCAAAAUUAGGUGUUUCUGCAUUGAAAUUAAAAUCACUAUUAAAUUCUACUAAAGAAACUACCAGUUUACCAGUGGCUCGCGAAUGUUCUACAGUUAUCUUAUGUGGUACUGAUGUUAACUUAACUGACAAACCAGAAUUGAUUAGAUUAACUGGUGGUUCCAAAACAUGUCAACCAAGUUGGAUUCAUUCUAAUUAUGAAUUAAACAAUCAAGAUUCAAUAGUACAAGGUAUCUUCCAAUUGGCUUCAUUGACUAAGGAUAAGAGAUUCGGUUUAGCUUUAAGGGAGACUCAACCAAUGAAAUCACUUAAGGAAUAG